AUGUCGGACGGUGCGGGGUCUCCACUCCUGCUCAGUCCAGAGCAACGACCAUCGUCGAAGCGUUCUCAACGUUCAGUCAAUUCACACGACUUGGACAAUUCUGGCGACUCACACGAAUCAUCACCCUUAUUAGCGCACUCUGAUGAUACUCCUCGAUACGAUGGCGAAGAGCCCGAAGAUGAGGAUGGUCGAAUCGUAUCGCCAGCGGCAGAAUCUCUACGUUCUAUCCAUAAUCGAGACUCUGGCAAGUCUGCCAAUGAAGGUUUGCGAUGGCCAACGAUUUUCGCUGUCACCAUGUUGUUUUUGGCUGGCAUCAUCAUUCUGAUAUGUGCAUUUUUCGCGCCUGCAAUCGUUGAAGAGUAUGCCAAAGAAUCUCUUGUUAUCGAGCCUACGAACCUAUCGAUAGACAGCUUCACCGCCAAUGGAGUGAAAGCUCGCGUACAAGUAAACUUUAAGAUGGAUGCUUCAAGGGUCAAGAACAAUGCUGUUAGGAAUAUUGGAAGAUUUGGUACAUGGAUCGCGAAAGAGGUUGAAAGCCAGGAAUCGAACCUCGAGGUCUAUCUUCCAGAAUAUGAUAAUCUUCUCAUCGGAACCGCUGUUGUGCCUAAGGUGGUGGUAAAUAUCCAGAAUGGUGUUGUCACGCCAAUCGACUUCGUUACCGAUCUUAAAGCAGGAAGCGUCGACGGAUUAAGACAGGUUGCCAAUGACUGGUUAGAGGGUCGCUUGGGACAGUUGCGGGUAUUAGGCAAGGCUGAUGUCACAUUGAAAUCAGGGUUACUUCCGCUUGGAUCUCAGAGCAAUGAUAUCCCAGCUAUUCCCAAGUACAACAUAACUCGUCUCAACUUCAAGGAGAUCCCUCUCUCCAAAGAUGGCCAUCGUGGAAUGGCUGCUGAAGUCUCGCUAUCCUUGGUAAAUAGCUACCCAAUAAGGUUGAGUAUUCCUCCGAUGCGAUUCGAUAUACUAGUUUCGAAUUGCGCUGCGAACGAACCACAUAUUCAACUCGCUGAUGCCACUACUGAUAACAUCAUGAUUGAGCCAUAUUCAGAUGUUACACUUGACGUCGCAGGUAUCGUUCGGGAUCUACCUGAAAGUCUUUUGCAAACCUGCCCCAAUUCACAUUCCUCACCACUGGAUCUGCUUCUCAGUGACUACAUUCACGGCAACGAUACUACCAUUUUUGUUCGAGGUUCAAAUGCACCAUCUCCAGAGACUCCCGAUUGGAUCACUCAAAUCAUAUCAAGCGUCACAGUACCAGUACCUUUCCCAGGUCAUACAUUCGAUCAAUUGAUCAAGAACUUUUCUCUCACAAACACAGAUUUCAGCUUACCCGGACCUUUUGCGGAACCUGGAACACCCGAGUCAAAUCCAAGAAUUUCUGGGGAUAUAAUGGUAUUAGCAGCUUUGCCUAAGGAGAUGAAUUUUAGCCUUGACGUUUCGAAAGUUCGUGCGAAAGCCGAUGUAUUCUACAAGACAGAUAAGUUAGGUGUGCUAAACCUACAAAAAUGGCAGGAAGCUCGAUCGAAACGAGUUAAUGAUAAAGGCGAUGCUUCUUUGAAGAUCGAAUCACAUAUCAAAAAUGCGCCUCUAGAAAUCACAGACGAGGAUGUAUUUGGAGAUCUUGUGGCUGAUUAUUAUCUGGGUGGGAAGGCUGUUAGUCUUAAGAUUGAUGCUUUGGUCGAAGUUGAAAUAUCUACUGUGCUAGGUGAUUUCAUUAUUAAAGAUUUACCCGCGGAAGGAGUUGUUCCUUUGAAACCGAUCUCUACGGGCGGUGAUCUCCACCAACUCAACCUCAAGGUUGGCGACUUGAAGAUAUUCAACACAGGCCGGACAUCAAUCAAUCUCCAAGCGAAAAUCAACUUCACUAAUCCAACUGAAUACACUGCUCGAAUUCCUUACGUGAAUAUCCAUAUCUUGAAUAACGGCUCAAUCAUCGGUGAUGCCACGGUGCGCGAUAUCAGCGUCUCGCGAGGGAAUAAUACGAAUGUUCUUGUUGAAGCUACUUGGGAUCCUAUGACAUUCGGUGGUGAAAAGGGGCGCAAAAUUGGUCGGGAAUUAAUUUCGCAAUAUGUCUCUGGUUUCAAUACGACUCUUACUUUCGAAACUCAUGAAGGAUCUAUUCCAUACCAACCAAAACUCGGAAAGGCACUUGGCAAGUUUGCAGUCACGAUGCCUACACCUCGAUUAUCGACGCCUGGGACUGGGAAGGAUAAGGGUCCUGAUGAUGGAAAACCGCAUUUUAUUGAUGAUGCAACUUUCCAUCUCUUCUCAUCAACAGCACAGUUUACAUUACUCUCACCUUUACGACAUAGCACAAUAUACAUUGAAUCUAUUGAUGCUGAAGCAUUUUAUAACCAUACCGAAACAGUUGGCAAGAUUGUUUACGACUAUCCUUUCGCAGUACCCCCUGGUGCAAGCGAAUCGCCUAAAUUGCCCGUCGACUGGUCUUUUGAUGGGGUAGGAUAUGACGCAGUAGAGAGAGCAUUAGGUGGCACUCUAAAAUUAGAUGCGAAGGGCACAAUUGGUCUUCGGCUUGGUCAAUGGACAGAGACAAUCUGGUAUUUGGGCACAGGGAUUGGUGCUCAUGUUAGACUUUGA